AUGGCAUCACCAUCGGCACCGUGCCUGGUGCCGCACCCGCCUCGGCGGUCGUCACUUCUACAGCGCAAUUCAUCCUCGCUCCGCCUGCCCUGCAAUGACCCGAGGGCCGCGUUGCCGCUACCAGCGCUUACCAUGGACACACCGUCGCUGUCGAAGUCCGACAUCGAGUCCCUGCUGGAACAAUCGGGGGCAAACUUCACGGCACUACAAACUCGUUGCUUGGGCCGCGACGACCGAUGGUCGCUGCUAGCCCAUUCUCGCAAAGUCCAUGUAACUUCUUGUGAAUCCACAGAGCUGGCAGGGGUGUCAGUCUUGUCCAGCGCCAAAAUCUACGCCACGUUGGAUGAAGUGGUUGCCCUCCAAGACAACGCGACCUUGUCCAUUCAACACUUUUCAGAGACUAUCGAAGAGUCCAAGGUGCUAUAUGUACUCAAGGAAAACGCGGAAGACUGCGUUGUCGUGAGGUGGCAGGAUCUAACCUUCGGCAUUCCAAUUCAAAAUCGCGACGUUGUCGUUCUGGAGACACAGCGCGAGUUCUAUUGCCCGGAUGGACGAAAGGCAUUUGGCUUUGCUCAGCACUCGAUAGCGCUGCCGUGCUGUCAUGAUUUGUACGAAACGUACCAGUUGGUGCGGGCCUCCAUGCACCGCUCCGGGAUGCUCUUUUUCGAAUCGGACGUGGACGGUCAGUUAGAUGUGUAUUUCCACACCGAGAUGGACUUAAAAGGAUCGAUUCCGCUGUGGCUGUCCACACACCUCCUUCGCCAACGAGCAUGUCGGGAGCUCGAGACCCUCAGCACGACGCUGCAUGAGAGGAGGCUCACCAAACGCAUUCAGUACCAAUACGUGAUCACGGUGCCUAAGGCCGAUCGCACGCACUGCUGCUACUGUCUGUAUCCGUUCUGUUCGUGGCGACGAAAAUGCAAUUGUAAAGUGUGCGGCGAGGUCUUUUGCUGGAAAUGCACGCAGUUCUGGCGCCUCGAGUCGCAAGAACGACGCGUGUGUGUUGGGUGUGCGAGCGACUUCACAAGCGACCCAACCGUCCAACGCCGCCCCUACUAUUUGGACUCGACGAUUCAAAGUACCAUCCGUGCUUGGACGGUUGACGACCUCAGCUUUCGUUCGUCUAGGAGUCUUCCCCAUCCUGCGACAUCGCGCAUCGACGUCGGCGACCAAAACGUGCAAGAUGAGGUCCAUGCCUGCCUCAUACGAUGA